AUGGACACUAAAACCCCAGUUACUUUAGCCAAAGUUAUCAAAGUAUUAGGUAGAACCGGUUCAAGAGGUGGUGUUACUCAAGUUAGAGUUGAAUUUUUAGAAGAUUCAACCAGAACCAUCGUCAGAAACGUCAAAGGUCCAGUUAGAGAAAAUGACAUUUUAUGUUUAAUGGAAUCAGAAAGAGAAGCCAGAAGAUUACGUUAA